AUGACGGCUGAAAGUCUCAGGGAGCUCCGCGAGUUAAGUGACGCCGAGGUUCCACCCGUGGGAGUUUCCAAAGCCUGUUCAUCGUGUGUAAGAACUGCUGAUGUCAAGGAAGCAUGUACGCAGUGUGACCAGUUCGUCUGCCAGAACUGCAGCAGGCUCUGCAGCUGCUGUAACACAGUUACCUGUUCUUUGUGCUCCACUAUUGAUUAUGGUGAUGUGGGAGAGCAAGUUCUCUGCAAUGGUUGUUCAAUAUUUCAAGUCUGAAACUUGAUGAAAUAGCCUUUAUGGCUGAAACGUCCGUAAAUUUCAUGAAGUCUCCUUACGGCUGGUCAAUUAAUCCUUUUAGCAUGUGAAUUAAUCAUGGAAUUUCUAUGUUUUAUAUCUUUAUAUUGUACUUUUUAAUAUUGUAGCUAAAUAAACUUCUAUAUUUUGAGAAUUUCUAGAUUAUUUCGAGUCAACUUUCUCCUUUUCCCUAGUUGUGAUAUGCCUACCUGGAAGGGGCAACUUUGUGCUCUUAGCUGGUGUUCCUUAUGUGAUAUAGAAUUCAGAAUAUUCGUUCAGUGUCCCUCCACUUGUUGCUCAUGUUGGGACACACUUUUGUGGGAUCAGAAUAGAAAUCAGUUGCUCCUUGUGUGCUUUCAGGUGAGUGUAAAUCUAUUCUGGACAUGCAACACUUUCUUUGUGAGCUAACUAGAAAAAUCAGCCAGGCCUGAAGGCUUUUCCAAAUAGAGAAUUUGCUGAUUUCUGGUUAAAUUUUUUUUUAACUGUCACAAACAUCUUAUGAUUACUCAUAGCUUGAGUGGUUUUAAUUGUUCUUUCCAUGGUAACUUUGACAGAAAGAACAAUGGUACACCAGGCUUGGAGCAAAAAAACCUUUUCUCAAUAGUUAAGUGUCAAAGACUAAUUUUCCUGUACUGUCCUUGCAAGAUCUUUCUUGGAAAGCGGCUUGUUUGUAUAAAUUGCCAUCUACGCUGUAAACUUCAUAUUGCCCUGAAUACCCACUCAAAAAUAGCUCACAAAGUGGUCUGAAAAAUGGUCAGCGCUCAAGUGUACAUCUCCAUAAACUAGUUCAUUCCUCAUUUUCCUUUCAUAUUGCUGCAGAGACCGAUUUGAUUAAGUAUUGUUUGUGCUGUAGGAGUGAGACUCUCAUUAAGUACUGCUGAAAGCCCCGCAAAAUAAUUUCCUUUUGCUAUUUUUGCUAUGUUUUUAAAAAUAAAAACACCAGACUUUUCAUCUUGCAAACCAACCAUACGUAAGGCAAAACUACAGUGGUCUUUACUUCAGGAAAAUGAUGACUUAAGUGUUUGAUUUCAGACUGUAGGAAAAAAGGAACAGAUUUCAUAGGAAAAAAAGAAAUUCUCAUGGCACUUGUAGCUAAUGCUGUUUCCCAAAUUAUUUGCCCUGAAUUCCCAAAGCAAAGUCUGCCACUCAUGCUUCCUAGUCUUCUCAACCAUGGUUAGUAUAUUUUGCGUGGAGUAGCUUUUUUUUACCUCUUCCCCUCCCCUGUAGCCAUUUCUAUUUGAAGAAAUUGAAAGGCCCUUGCAAUGCAAGUUGAGAGACUUACUUCUCUUGUGGGGACAUCUUUAUUUGACGUGCUGUUGAAAGCAUACUGGGUAUUAUUGCAUUUCAGAAUACUGCAACUAACCAAACAGAACAGUAAAUGCCUUAGCAAAGGGUGGGGUGAUAGCUAUUGCUGAAUAGCACCACUACUUCAGAGCUGCACGUUGCAUGGCUUUGGAUAUAUCGGCCACAAUGAGGUGCAAGAUGACAUUCCUUCUAGCCCCAGUCUAAUACCUUGUGUAACUACGGAGAGACACUUCAAAAGCAUUUGUGCUGGUUAGGGUAUCCUGAGGCGGGGGGGCGGGGGUGUCACUUCACUACUAGGUCAACCAUCUGUGUGCUAGCAUAGUCUGGCUGAUGGCUCUCAUUUGUUUCCCUGUUCUGCAUGCUUUGUAGCUGGUUAAAAUGGGAGAGUUUACUAGUUCUUGCUCCAGUCUUGAUUUUGAGCAACUGUAAAAUAUAUCUUGUCCCCACCCCCAAAACAAACAAACAAAGUCUGUGUCAGUCAGGUGAGCUAGUAGUAAAAGUAUUAGUCAGGGUGUGCAGUAAUUCCACAGUAUUAUCUAUCUUUUCAAAACUGUAAUAGAUUAAGUCAGGAUGACGGCAGAUCUCUGGUGCAGUUCGCAGCCGUCAGGUAUCAUAGGGCAGAUUAAAAUGUUGUUCCUGUGGUAAGCACCUUAAAACACAAAGCUGAGUUUUAUGGAUGGGAAGAAUCUGUGGAUUACUGCAUUUAAAUGUUAGUUUUAGGAAUGAAUUUUAAAAUUUGGCUUUGUUUCAUUUGAAGCUUUAAGCAGUGAACAAAAAUGUUUUUCAGUCAAGCAUAUUUUUCAAACCAAAACCUUUAAGUACGUAUCUG